ACUUUUACAGUGUGAAGAUUGAAUUGAAGUCGGAUUUGAACCAAUACGCUGCGUUUUAGUUCUCUGAGACUAUUUUGUCGAUGGAGUUGCUUAUCCCGGCAAAUAAAUAAUCUUUGAUUCAUCCCAAAUCAGAAGUGAUACGCUCGAAGAAAAUGGUGGUUUUGAUUUCAAGUACCGUGACCAUAUGCAGAGUAAAACCAAAGCUUGAAGAUGGAAGCUUUCGCGUUAGCCGGUUAAUACCCAGACCCGAAGUUCCAUUUUUCUCAGGAGGGUUGAGUGAUGAGAAUAAGAAGAAGAAGAAAUGUUUAGUUUCGGUUCAGUGUUUAGCUGUGAAGAAAGAACCAGUUGUUGAAAGCGUGGAAAGAGUUAAAGGGACAAUUUUUCCCAAGAGAGCGAAAAAUCUUAUCAUGAGUGAAGGAAGAGAUGAAGAUGAAGAGUAUGGGAAGCUCAUUUGUCCAGGUUGUGGUAUUUUUAUGCAGGACAAUGAUCCAGAUUUACCCGGAUAUUAUAAGAAGAGGAAUGUUACCGCAAAGAACUUGGAAGUUGAUGAAGAGGUGGAUGAUGAUGAGCUUGAUGGGUUUGAAAUGGUUGAUGAUGAUGAUGAUGAUGAUGAUGAUGAGGAGAUGGAGGGGGAAGAUGAUGAGAUAAAGAAUGUAAUAGAGGGUAGCAACUCUGAAAGUGAGAGUGAGUUUGACUGGGAAUCAGAUGAGUGGGAAGAUAAGGAAGAGCUGAAUGGUGUUGAAUUGGAUGGUUUUGCUCCGGCUGGUGUUGGAUAUGGUAAUGUCACUAAGGAGAGGGAGAAGAAGAAACGGAUUUCGAAAUCAGAGAGGAAGAAGAUAGCUAGAGAGGAGGCAAAGAAAGACAAUUUUGAUGAUGUGACGGUGUGUGCUCGUUGCCAUUCUCUUAGGAAUUAUGGCCAAGUGAAGAAUCAGGCUGCAGAGAACCUCUUACCAGAUUUCGAUUUUGAUAGGUUGAUAUCAACUAGACUGAUAAAACCAAUGAGUAAUUCAAGCACUACAGUUGUAGUCAUGGUGGUUGAUUGUGUCGACUUUGAUGGUUCGUUUCCCAAACGAGCAGCCAAGUCUCUCUUUCAAGUGCUUCAAAAAGCUGAAAAUGAUCCUAAGGGUAGCAAGAACCUCCCAAAACUUGUGCUUGUUGCAACAAAAGUAGACUUACUUCCGACACAGAUUUCACCAGCUCGGUUAGACCGAUGGGUGCGCCACCGUGCCAAGGCUGGAGGAGCGCCUAAGCUAAGUGGGGUAUAUAUGGUUAGUGCUCGCAAAGAUCUCGGUGUUAAGAAUCUGUUAGCUUACAUUAAAGAGUUAGCUGGUCCAAGAGGAAACGUGUGGGUUAUUGGAGCUCAGAACGCCGGGAAAUCUACUUUGAUUAAUGCCUUAUCCAAGAAAGAUGGUGCAAAGGUCACAAGGCUCACGGAAGCUCCGGUUCCUGGAACAACACUUGGAAUAUUGAGAAUUGGUGGAAUAUUGUCUGCAAAGGCAAAGAUGUAUGACACUCCGGGCCUUUUGCAUCCCUACCUUAUGUCCCUGAGAUUAAAUUCAGAGGAGCGGAAAAUGGUAGAGAUAAGGAAGGAGGUUCAACCUCGGAGUUACAGAGUCAAGGCAGGACAGUCUGUUCACAUCGGUGGCUUGGUCAGGCUAGACCUCGUUCGGGCAUCGGUUGAAACAAUUUACAUAACAGUAUGGGCAUCGCAUAGCGUUUCAUUACAUCUAGGAAAAACAGAGAAUGCUGAAGAGAUACUCAAGGGCCAUUCUGGUUUACGGCUGCAGCCACCAAUAGGAGAGAACAGAGCGUCUGAAUUGGGAAACUGGGAAGAGAAGGAGAUUCAGGUGACGGGAAGUAGUUGGGAGGUGAAAAGCAUCGACAUUUCAGUGGCUGGUCUUGGCUGGCUAGCCCUUGGUCUCAAAGGUGAAGCAACACUAGCAUUAUGGACUUAUCAGGGGAUUGAUGUAACCUUGAGAGAACCAUUGGUUAUUGACCGCGCACCAUAUCUUGAACGGCCUGGCUUCUGGUUGCCAAAAGCCAUAACCGAAGUGCUUGGAACACAUUCUAGUAAGCUUGAUGAAGCUCGUAGGAGGAAGAAGCAACAAGACAGCACAGAUUUUCUCUCUGAUAAUGUUUCAUAGUAACCUGUAUGUACAAGUUACAGAUCAGAUGCCUUUCAUCAUCAGUGUAGUCAUUUUGGAAGGUUUAUAAUGGUUUUUCUAUUUUUGAAACAUUUUUUAAAUCCACAUCGAUUCAUUUUCUA